AUGCCCUCUAGAGUAACCAGCAAAUCGCCAAAAUCCAGCACAAAGCCCAACACAAAAUCCUCGGCUGAAAAGAUGAAUUCCAAAGACACCAAAAAGGCCGCAGUGAAGACUACAAAUAAAAAGGUCACGAAACCUACGGCCAAGGCCAAGAGUCCACUACCCACCUAUAAAGAAAUGAUUAUGGAGGGUAUUGCGUCCCUAAGUGAACGUAACGGAUCGAGUCGCCAGGCUCUGAAGAAACACAUCGCAGGCAAAUAUGCGGUGGGUGAAGGAUUUGAAAACCAUUUCAAUCUCGCAGUAAGGCGCGGGAUCGAGUCUGGUGACUUCUCGCAACCAAAAGGACCCUCUGGUCCUCUAAAGGUAGUGAAGAAACCCACGAACCCCAAAUCUGAGCACCCAGAAUCCAAAGCCCGUACCGCUGUUAAGGAGAAAGAGGGCGAGCCCACUAAACGCAGAAGAGAAUCAGUCAACAAAAAGUCCAAGGAGGAAGAAACGCCCAAAGUGAGGGAAAGAAGAAGAAGCUCCGCUUCCUCAAAGUCGUCUUCCGCCAAUAAAGUCACCAAAAAACCAGCAGUCCAGUCUAAAAAAGCCGCUACGAGGUUCAUGGCAAAGCCAGUUACAAAGCCCGUGAGGUCCACUGCCCGGAGAAUAGCGGCCGCCUGA